CUGUUGAAAAAUGUCUCACUACAAACUGAAGAGGUGGUUUUGAUGGCAUUAUUUGUCACCAGCCUUUAAAAGGGCGUCUAAAAACAGCUUGGUGGGCAUUUCUCUUUAUUAACCGGAGCUCCACGUUGUAUAAAAUGUCGUUUGUGAGAGUGGGGCGUCCACAGCAGCACACCAAAGGGAAAAGGCCUGUUCGCCCCAAGAAGGCAGCAGCUCAAAGAAGAGAGUGGGUGAGCACUGUCAACGACCUCUCUGUGCACAAGCUGACACCUGCGGAGCUGAGUCAUCGGCAUGAGAUCCACAAGUCUCACAACAAAGCAGCAGCUCAGUGGGAGCUGAAAGAGAAAGCCCUGAAACGACGUCUCAUGCACGCAGGGAGCCCUGCACCCCUGGACCAGGCCAGUCUCAGCAUCAUCAGGGAGGUUUUCUCUGAUCAGCUGCUGCUGCAGGAUGUGUUGGCCCGUUCUGACAAAGCCCUGGCUGUGGUCAAAGACCUGUUUGGAGAUGCUCCACGCAGGCACACCGGACACCCCAGAGUGACUGUGGCUCCAAACUGUGACUCUGACUCAGAACUGCCUGUUCUUCAAAGACCAGAUCGUCCAACUCAUCUGUCUCUCCUCAGCCAGUCAAUGAUGGAUCAAGAGGCUCUUAAUGAACUGGAAGCGUCAAAGGACUACCACACAGAUGAUGAUGCCCGUCCUUCCACCAGUUCAGAGUAUCGUGUAAUCCGAAGGGUCAAUGUACAAAAAAUGAAGGCGCAGCCUCGGGCUAGGGUGUCACAGCAACACAAAGGUCAUCAUCACAGCCGUCACCAUGGAGACAAGGAUAAUAGUCCCGUGACACCCUGUACAUCAGACAGGGCACCAGCUCAGACAGCUCUCAAUGCCACCGUGGCUGUUCAGCGUGUUCGGUCCAGACAGAGUCAGUCGGAGGACGCCAGAGAGGAAACAUCAGUCCUGGUUUCUCAGGUUCUAAAUUCUGAUCCGCCUCAGAGCAAGUCAGACAGGAUCGGUAGUCACACCAGCAGAGGCAGGAAGUGUGUUUCCCAGGGUUCAGAGCUGGACGGCUCCUCUGUUGCCUCUCUCAGCGGGGAUCAGUCCAGUCUGGGCCUGCUGCAGGCCAUGUUGGGUCAGGUGGAGUCGGAUUUGGACGCACUGAGCCCUGAUACAGCACCAACAUCUGCACAGAGUCCCAAAAAGCACAGAACACAAAGCCUUACUGGAUUUUCUGUGGCCUUGGUCUCUACACUGGGACAUUUGGUGCACAUCCUUAAAAAGAGGGAAGAUGAAGCUCAGCAGGAGGCACAGGAGAGGAGAAAACUGGAGGAGGAGCUGAAAGAGCAGCAGAGGCUCAUUGAUGCUCUCACUGCUGAAACCAUGACUCUGAGAGAGGAGGCUACAGCCCUGCAGGCAGGGUUACAGCAGCGGACGGCAGAGCUGGAGCGGAAGUUGGACGCAGUGGUGUUGGCGAUGGGAGGGCUCGGACUGCUGAGUGAACACAGUGGCCAAACCCCACACUCUGAGGUUAAAGUUGCAGGCUGUCAGUCUGCGACGGGUGCUGAGCAAGUACCUGUUUCUUCUGCUGUCCUCCUCUCACCACCUCAACAGCGGGACCACUUUCAGCAUGUUCCUGCAACUUAUCCUGUGAAACCGCACCAGCAGCUUCCUGCUGUGGAUCUCCUGCGCUCCUAUGGGGACCUCCGCGCUCACAUCUCAGACUCUAGUCUCAGCAGUCUGCCCCUAGUUCAGCUUCCCUCUGCUUCCUCGCUAUUGCUGACCUCUGACCCUCUUCGCUCACAGAGGUCUCUGGGCACAGUGCUAGCUGAGAUUGCUCAGCUGAGCAGAGAGACCGAUCUUAUCAGGGCUCAACUCAGCCAGGAAAAGGGCCUCGGGUCAGGGGUCAGAGAAUCGCUUGACAGUGGCAAUGAGAGAAGAGGGUCGAGCUGCAGCAGCACCGGGAGUGUAACACCUCAGAGCGCUGCAGAGAGCAGGAUGUCUGGGUCCAGCUGUAAAGAGAGGCGGAGCCAGCAUGUGUGGACUCCUGAAGAACAACAGCUGACUCAACAGGCAACAUCACCCAACACUUUCAGUGCAAACAGCGUGGAGCAACGCCUCCUGGAGCUGAACAGGCAGAGCGCUGCAGCCCGAGGUCGACUGCUGGAAAUAAUCGAGCAACAGAAGCAAAGUGUUUCAGCCAGAGUCUCUCCCUCUGUCUCCCCGAUCCCGGCUUCUGCCUUCAGCCCGAAUCCAGAAUCCACGGAACGCCUGGAGGCAUCAGAGCUGCUGCCUGAGUGGGAGCUCCGGUCACACAGUGGUGGCGGUGAGGGUGAGAGGAGGUUUGCUGGCUCUGAUGCAUCUUCUCACAGUUUUGGAAGAGAAACUAGGGAUGGCAAAACACAGAUGGACAAGGAGAGAGCUCGAGAAGGCUGGUUUGCAUUGUCUGCUCACGUGAGAGGACCAUCCCCCUCCAUCUGUAGUGGUAAACAAAGGCCUGGUGCUUAAUGAAAAAUCAGUGAAGAAUCUGACCAAACUACAGCUGUCAGCCAGCGAGCCGGGCGAGCUCAUCUACCGCGUCACCAAACAGACGAGCCUGGGACACCUCGAGCAUGCUGCCAGUCCAGGUAGACCAGACCUAUAUGUCAGUGUUUUUAGAAAGGACGCAAAAGUAAAGAUGAAAGCCAAACUAAACCAAACCAAACUUUUCCCACCGCUUGGUGAGUAGUUGGCAUCCUACAUGCAAACUGCAGAUGACUAUGGCAAUCUGAUUGCAACCAAAGCAAUCACAUUUAUGUUUUUGGUGCAGCAGACCCUGAUUUCACCUGUCAGCCACCACCAACCAGUGGCUUUAGCCCCAAAGUUGCCAGGGGUGUGCAGCGCUGUGGUCCAUUGAUUACCUCUCCGGUUUGAGCCUGUCCAAAGACAUGCUUGUCAACUGGUGAUUCUAAAGUGCCUGUUGGUGUGAUGGAAGUAUUUUAAAAAGUGACGACAGGGUUUGAGAGCUGCGCCGAGGAAGCCUUCAUGCAUCAAAUACCAAGAGAGUCGGGGGAACACCGGGUAAGAGGACAAUAAAACUAAAACAGGGAGCUAAGAACUUAAUCACAAAAACUCGACUUCACUACAGUAACAAAAGAAAUCAUGAAUGUUUUCAAUGUUUUUGUCACUUUUUACGGAAUCAAACUCAAAGUAAUGUCAGUACUUUCAAGCUUUAAACCCUGCAUGGUCGUACUCUCUCCUAUCAGCUCAGAUAUUAACCUGCAUAGCAUUCAUCCCAUGUUUAAACAAAAUGUGGCAUUUUCUGC